AUGCCAGUGUCAACAGACCAAAUAAAUGUUAAUUGGACACUGGAGAAUUUAGAGACUCGCAUAAAAGAUAAUAGUGAAUACAUAAAUUCAUUGAUAGGUUUAAUUCCUCCAAAAUAUUAUUUCAAAAACGAUCCAAAUAAUGAUGAAACCAAUAGCAAUACUAAAAUCAAUGAUGAGUUUCAGCCUAAUAAAAGGAAAAGGUUUUCCAAACAAGAAUUGAAAAAACAGAAAAAAGAGGCCAAGAAACAAAAGCUAAAGAAAAAAUCAGAAAAUUUUAAGAAAUUGGAACGAAAAGAUCCGGAAAAAGCAAUGAUAGUUAAAGAAAAAGAUGCUUGGAAUAAAGUUUUUCGGAAGGCAGAAGGAGAAAAGAUUAAAGAUGAUUUAAAAUUAUUGAAAAAAACAGUUAAAAGAGGCGCUAUUAAAAAGAAGAAAAGUGAAAAAUCUUGGAAUGAACGUAUUGAAACAAUUGCUAAAAAUAUAAAUGAAAAACAAGAGAAACGAAAAUCCAAUAUUCAAACAAGAAUCGAAGAAAAAAAGAAAAAAGUAUAA